AUGUAUGAAAUUUGUAAAAAGGUGUUUCCUAUUGAAGCAAUUAUUCAAACUGAAUUGUUCGUACUUAAUACUCUAGCUUGGAAACUCGAUAUCCCUACCGCGUCUGAAAUAAUAAGACAUAUACUGGCUUGCACUUGCCAAGACUUCGACUGUUCCUGUAUAAUAGAAAAUGCUGAUUCAUAUGCAGCAUUAUGCUAUUUGGAUACAGAUUUAGCAUUUAAGAAGCCUUUUUUGCUUGCUUUAGCAUCAAUUUGCUGUGCAUUUGAUAAAUUUAGGGUUAGAGAAUUUAAAGCAGAGUGGUUAAAAAUUGUUGGAAAGGAAUAUCCUUUUGAUCUUCAAAUAUUAGACCACGUUUUAGAGAAAAUUCAAAUAAAAAUUAACGAUAUGUGGAUGUCAAGCGAAUAUGAAAGCACUGAAGCCGAUUCUCCUCUUUAA